CCCACACUGCCAACCCACCUACGUAAUGAUUUUUUUGCCUAGCUACCUAAGCCACCUAAUUGCUGUGUAGGCGGCAUUGAAAAGGAUCCGCGUCUACCAAGCAGCUGACGUUGACUGUCGCAUUCUAACGAGGCUAACGCGUGGCCAACUCCAUUCUUGAAAGAGCAACCGUGCAAACCCUGCAUGAUUGUCUCCUUUAUUUACUUUUUAUUUAGAGAGCUCCACUUUCGCAUCAUGCAUGAUGCAACUUGGUUCAAAUUUUCUUCAAUGGUCUUCCCCUAAAAUAUCCUACCAGUCAACAUCCGCCAUGGCCGACCUAAUCGUUUUUGCCCCGGACCUAACAGCCCCGGACCGGCUGCUGCUCAGGACCCUGAAGGAUGACAUGGUCCGGCAGUCCGAAUGCGCCGGGGCCGCUCUAGAGGCCGCAGAUGAGAAGAAGCCUGGGUCAGUUGGAGCUAGUAAUGGGUCAGCCGGCGGGUCCCGGCACCGCAAGGCAGAGAACGGAGGCAUGGCACAUGGCACCCCGGAUCCCUCGGUGCUCGAUGCCGACGCUCGGGAUCUCGCCACCCUGAAGGCGUGGAAUGAUCCCGAGAAGGACGCUUUCGAACCUACCGUCUUCGUGUCGGCCGAUCUAUCGACCCUAAAGCUCGGGCCUGUGCUCGACAAGUAUGUCCUGCAGCCAUAUGUCCGAUGGGGGCGCAAGGUCGCCCGUAAGCAGACCGACGUGGUCAUGGUCACCCAUCUCAUCCUCUACUUCACGACGUCGGUUCCGAGUGCCCUGUACCUGUUCUGGAACUUCUCGUACCUCCACGGGUUCCUGCACUUUGCCAUGCAGGGCUAUUAUGUGGGCACCUACACCCUGAUGAUGCACCAGCACAUCCACAUGCGGGGCAUCCUCGCCCCGAGGUUCUGGCUCAUCGACCGCCUCUUCCCCUACAUCACGGACCCCCUGAUGGGCCACACGUGGAACACGUACUUCUACCACCACGUCAAGCACCACCACGUCGAGGGCAACGGGCCGGACGACCUGUCCUCGACCUUGCGCUACCAGCGCGACAGCCUGCCCGACUUCCUCUGCUACCUCGGCCGCUUCUACUUCCUCGUCUGGCUCGAGCUGCCGCUGUACUUCCUGGCGAAGAGGCGCCUGGCCAUUGCCGCCAAGACCGCCUUCUGGGAGCUCUCGAGCUACGCCACCUACGUGGCCCUGGCGAAGAUGGUCAGCUGGAGGGCGACGCUCUUCGUCUUCAUCCUCCCCCUCCUCGUGCUCCGGGUCGGCUUGAUGGUCGGCAACUGGGGCCAGCACGCCUUUGUGGACCCCGACGAGCCGGACUCGGACUUCCGGUCCAGCAUAACCCUGAUCGAUGUGGCGAGCAACCGGUACUGCUUCAACGACGGCUACCACACGUCGCACCACCUGAACCCGCUGCGGCAUUGGCGCGACCACCCGGCGGCGUUCCUGGCGCAGAAGGGCACGUACGCGCGCGAGGGCGCCCUCGUCUUCCACGACAUCGACUACCUCAUGAUCACGGUGCGCCUGCUCAUGCGCGACUACGACCACCUCGCCCGCCGCCUCGUGCCCAUCGGCGGCGAGCAGGUCCGCAUGUCCCUCGCAGAGAGGGCCGCCCUGCUGCGCCGCGCCGCCCGCCGCUUUUCCGAGGAGGAGAUCGCGCGCAAGUUCAAGACGGCGGCGGCGGCGGCGGGGUCGGGGUCGCGCUGAUUUCGGCGGGUCUUUUGCCAUGGCUUUGGCUGGGUGAAACGGAAUCACUAUUGUUCGUUCGUUUUGCUGCGUGGGUGGUUUUUUUCGGGGCAAUCCGCAUAACAGGCAGGUUCCUUCUUGUGGAGUCGUGGGAGCAUUGCAUAGAUUCGAAAGAUACCGUAUAGACCGUUAGAGACGGCGCAGAUUAGAGGGGAUGGGACAAUGCCAGGGAUGCAUCUUCCGUAUGAAAAGUGCUUCGAUGGCUCAUAAUUAGAAGUAUAGACAAUAUAAUCAACACUUGAAGGUCUGCGAAUGUUUAAUACUUGACAAUUGACGAAGGAGAAGGCUUACCAACUGUUGUGUGUUACUGCAAAUGUCGUCCUCUCGCUGUCCUGUCGCCCUCAUCA